AUGCCCCACGCCUGCCCCCGGCCCCGGGCGGGGCUGCAUCGUGCCCGGCCCCGGGCGUCCCGCCGCGGUCUCGCCUCCGGCCGGCUCUGGUCGUACUGGCGGUGGCGCUGCUGGGCGGGCAUCAGUGCCUGGGGCUGGGGCGGCACCGCCUCUCUUUGGCUCCGCCUGGCCCGAGCCCGGCCCCGGGUGGCCAUCAAAAGGGUGCCACGGGAGCGCGUCCGGCACUGGGGCGAGCUGCCCGACGGCACCAGCGCACCCCUGGAGAUCGUGCUGCUGGCCAAGGUGUCCACUGGCUUCCCUGGUGUGGUCCAGCUGCUGGAGUGGCUUGAGCUCCCCAACGACGUCUUGAUGGUGCUGGAGCGCCCGGAGCGGUGUCAGGACCUGCAGCAUUUCAUUCGGGCACGGGGCUUCCUGCCCGAGGAGGUGGCACGGGAGCUGUUCCGCCAGGUGCUGGAGGCCGUGCGACACUGCACCAGCUGCGGGGUCCUGCACAGGGACAUCAAACCAGAGAACAUCCUGGUAGACCUGGCCACCGGGCAGGCCAAAUUGAUUGACUUUGGCUGUGGCACCUACCUGCAGGACACAGCCUACACUCACUUUGCAGGAACACGGUCAUACAGCCCCCCGGAAUGGACCCACUUUGGCUGGUACUAUGGCAGGCCAGCUACCAUCUGGUCCCUGGGCAUCCUGCUGCACCAGAUGGUCUGUGGGGAGCACCCUUUCAGGAGGGGCCAGAACAUCAGCGGGGACCAUCAGCUCUCGCUGCCACAAGGGCUCUCUCAAGGGAAGGAUAAGGAGCCCCUGAAGAAGCUGUACCAGGGCAAAUUUGGAAACCUCAUCUCUGGGUGA